UCGGUUGACGAAGCACCGCAGUUGAAUUGUACUUCUGAGCUAAGAUCUAUAGUUUGGUUUUCAGCUAGGUUUUCAGUAAAUAGAAGAGGAUUUAUCUUACGUCUUUUGAAGAAGAAAUGAGUGUUAUUUGAAAACAAGAUUUGGUCGGGGGAACCACUCAAGAGUAUAGAGACUAUUGUUGUUAAAUUAUUUUGGCUACACAGUUAAGAAAAAUGUUUCAAUAUUUCUAGGUCGAUCAUCACAAAUGUCAGAUUCAGAUGAACGACCUGCCAAACGGUUGUGCUCAAGCAUAAUCAAUACAUCAGCAGAGCCGCCAGAACAAACAAGCUCAUUUUUAAAAUUGAAUGAUGAUUGCUUACAUGCCAUUUUCGUUUAUUUGAAUAUUGAAAGUUUGUGCCACACUGCGAAUGUGUGCAAACGGUUUGGACCAAUAACUGAGCAAGUGUUUCAUCGUUGCCAUAGAAAAACCGCUUUGACUGGUUUCCACAAAAAUGCCGUAAAGCGGCGUAUCGCCUAUAAAUUUGACCACUUGGUGACCCAUUUUGAGGAGUCCUCAUAUGGUAUUAAAUAUGAUGUUAUCGCAAAAUAUUGCUCGAAAAAAUUGGAACACCUCCAUUUAUAUGAUUCCAAAAUUUCUUGUAACAAAAUCGCUCCCUUGGCUUCGCGAUUGAAAUAUUUAUCUAUAAGUCGGUGUAGAAGGGAGAAGAAAAAAGGCGAUUGGAAUGCAGUAUUUGAAAAUUGUCCAAACCUUGAAUGUUUCGACUUUUUCUCGUUAGAUUACGAAAGUUGUGAAUUUUUGGCUCGACAUUUCCCAAAAUUGGUGCGCCUCGUGUUGGAUUGUGAAAAUCUUUUGCCCGACACACUUGCCAAUAUAUUACGUCUCAAUCCACAACUGAAGUAUCUGGAUUUGCGAGAUGUUACCAAUGACGAAUAUAUUAAUGCUAUCGCAGAGCAGGCAACGGACUUGGAGGAAUUGUGUAUUUUUUCAUUUCAGAAGCGAAAUAUUGGUCUCCUUCAAUUGAGUAAAUUAAAAAAAUUAAAGACGCUCUAUAUUUCAUCUCAUAACUGUGAGAAAUCGAUGAGCAAGCUGAUGAAUGAAUUUUCAAAAGAGAAAAUCCCACUCGAAAAUUGUUCAAUACAUUUUGCAUCAAUCAGUUCAGAUGACAUUAAUAGUUUAAUGAAUCUGAAGACAGUACGUGUUGCAGAGUUAGGUAAAAUUUUACAAAUGACGGAUGCCAAUUUGCUUGUUUUGACGUCCGAGUUACCACUACUAUCAAAAUUGAUACUUAAAUUCAUUCAGAACUCUUCGGCUAAAUUUACUGUUAACGGAUUGAUUAAAAUGGUGCAGCUGGGAAAUAGUUUAACCUGGUUUUGUUUAUAUGGGGAUUUUAUUUUGAAAGUAACCGAAGAUGACUACAAAUCUUUGCUGAAAGCGGUUCAAAAGAGAAUAGAGGCCGAUCAAAUGUACAGUCUCCAUAUAAAUAUCGCAUGUAACAGCAAAAUAGAUUUCAAUGUACCCAGGCGCAUUUUGUAUGCAAACGAAAAACAACUUAAAUUUACAGUUGAUAGAAACUCGCAUGAAAGCGACGAGACCAGCUACUCCGAUGACGAUGAUUGAAAAUGAAACAGAGUCUUUAAUGAAGAAAGUGUUUAGCAUUUAAGAGUCAACACAGAAUUUCAGAAUAAAAAGUAAACAAAUUUUGAUAUUCAAUAUCAUUCUAAUCAAAUGUAAUCUCUUGAGCUACAGCGGUUUUAAUUCACGCUCAGUGGGACAAAAAUGACAGUGGGACAAAAUGACACAAAAAUAAUGCCACUUUUCAAACGGCAUAAAUUAUUUUUAAUUACUAUUUAUAGAGAAUUUUAACAACAAUGUGAACAAAGUAUUGAUCAACUAAAGAGUAUAUUUAUAUUAAAAAUAAUUUAAUUGAUAUUGGAA